UCGAAAUCGCAGCAAAUGCAGAGGAGAGAAGCCGGCUCAAGGACUGGGCUGGGGGCGCGGCGCAGGGUGGCGGCGGGCAAGUCGUGCUCCCUCGGGGAAGGAGUCUCCAUUGCCCCCCUCGUCCCCUGCCAGCGCAGCCGGGGCUGGACAUCCCCGGCCCCGCGCCGCGGAGGCGCCGCCGCGUCCCGGCAUCGAGCCGGAAAGCUGGGGCCCGGGCGGAGUGGGAGUGGGGCGGGGCGGAGGGGCCCAGGGGCUGGAAGCAGCGCCGGGAGGGCGCGGCCGGGCCGGACCCGGGCUCCGGGCAGCGGGCCGCCCCGAGGGCGGAGGGGAGUGGCCCGCCGCGGCCUUAUUUCCUCGAGCGCCGGCGCAGCUCACUUGGAGCCUGUCCGUCGAACGCCGCGCCCGCCCGCGUCCAUGCCGCCCCGCCUGCAACCGCCGCCCGCCUCUGGGACCGGGCGCCCGCGCGCCGCGGUUCUGCCGCUCGCGCUGCUGCUGUCGCUCGCCCUGCAAGGGGUGGCGGCGGCACCCGCGGGGGCCGGGGAGCCCGAGGACUCCCUUCGGCGCCAGGACCCGGAGCUCCCGCGCGGACUCCUGGAACAGGCGGCGCGCGCGGCGCUGCACUUCGUCAACUUCCGCGCGGGCUCGCCCAGCACCCUGCGCGUGCUGGCCGACGUGCUGGAGGGCCGCGCCAGGGUUAAUCCAAAGAAGGAAUGUCAGGUUGACCUGGUGUUUACCACAGAUCGCUAUAACCCAGAGGAAGGUGAGGAACGUUUGGGGAAAUGUUCCGCUCGAGUGUUUUUCAGGAAUCAGAAACCCAGACCGGCCAUUAAUGUGACUUGUACACGACUCAUUGAGAAGAACAAAAGACAACAGGAGGAUUACCUGCUUUACAAGCACAUGAAGCAACUCAAAACCCCCUUGGAUGUAGUCAGCAUACCUGAUAGCCAUGGACACAUUGAUCCCUCUCUGAGACCCAUUUGGGAUUUGGCUUUUCUUGGUGGCUCUUAUGUGAUGUGGGAAAAGACAACCCAGUUUUUACAUUACUACAUGGCACAGCUCAGCAGUGUUAACCAAUGGAAAACAAAUGACGAUGCAAUUGAUUUUGAUUAUACCGUUCUACUCCAUGAAUUCUCAACACAGGAAAUCAUUCCUUGUCGUAUUCACUUGGUCUGGUACCCUGGCAAACCACUUAAAGUGAAGUACCACUGUCAAGAGCUACAGACACCAGAAGCCUCUGGAACUGAAGAAGGUUCAGCUGUGGCACCAACAGAGCUCAAUAAUUUCUGAAAAGAAAAAAGGUCUGCUUAUACCAAAUUCUAAACAAAAUGACUCUAUUAAAUAGUGUAAAUCACUAUUCUGGCAAAAUAGGUAAGGUAUAAAGUAUUCUAAUAUUUUUUAGAAAGCCUGCAAUUAUAAUACUUAACAAUUAAAAGAUGCUGGGGUUUUUGUUUUUCGAUUGGUUUGGUUUAUUUUGUUAAUUCUGGGAACACAGGCAUACUGAGCUCUGCUCAGCGCUAAACAGUUUACUCCACAAGUUUCUCAGGGUUUCAGCCCUAAAAUGUAAAAGAAGAAUCAAUUGGUAUAUACUGUAAUUGGAUCAAUAAGUAUUUAGCAAAACAAAAAUUGAUGGUCUUACCUUUAAAGCUGUAUUUCUCAUUACUUUGAACAUAGCAAAGCCAACUAUUUUCUGUUGCUAAAUUCCUUCUACUUAGUAUAUAAAAAAUAUAAUAUAGUUCAAUGAAAGCAAAUUGCAGGGAAAAUACCAGUUUAGAACAAACUUUAAUUUUUUUUAUCAUUUCAAGCAAGUAUUCUUUUUUUGAUAUCUACUUUUCUAUAUAAAAUGUGUUCAGUGUAUGUUUAUAGAGAUUUGUAUCCAUAAGCAAAAUUUGUGCUAAACUGAAUUAAAUGAACUCUUAAUAUUGCUUAAUUCAAAUUUUAUAAAUAAAGUGUUUCAUGGAUAAA